AUGGCAACUCUUCAACUUCCACAACAUUUUCAAACUACAAUAAAUAAUAAUAAUGCAAAUAAUAUAAACAUUUCAAAAAGUUUACCACAAUCACCAAUUACAACUACAAGAAAUCAAUAUUAUUUUUACUCGAAAUCACAACAUAACUCACCAUGUAUAUUAUCACAAAUCCAACAAGCUAGAGAAUUAUUAAAUACACUUGAACAACAAUAUAAAAAUAAAAAUAAAUGUACAAUUGAAUAUGAUAGUAGUAGUUUAAAUAGUUUAAAAGAUGUUCAAAAUAGUAUUAUAGAAUUAAAUAAAAAUUUAAAUAGUACCGAAAAUAAUAAUAAUAAUAAUUAUAAUAAUAAUAAUAAUAAUAAUAAUAAUAAUAAUAAUAAUAAUAAUAAUAAUAAUAAUAAUAAUAAUAAUAAUAAUAAUAAUAAUAUUAAGAAUAAUAAUAAUAAUAUUAAUAUAUACAAUAGUAAUUAUAGUAACAAUAUAAAUAGUAUCACCAACCACCCAACUGUAAAUAAUUUAAAAAGUAACGAAUUACAAAAUAAUAAUCCUUUUAACAAUGUAUCACCAUUGAUAAUUAGUGAGGGAAAUCCUAUAAUUUUAGCAAAUAAUUAUAAUUAUAAUAAUAAUAACAACAAUAGUAAAGAUUAUAUCAAUAAUAACGAACAUGUAAUUGAAAUGAAUACUAUUUUAUCGAAUAAUAAUAAUAAUAAUAAUAAUAACACAAAUAAUAAUAAUAAUAAUAAUAGUAACAAUUUGAGAAAUGAUGAUUUUAGUGAUUUAGUUGAUAUUGAUGUGAGCGAGAAUCAACCACAAACACAACAACAGCAACAGCAACAACAACAACUAGAAGAAGGAGAAGAAGAAAUUACAGAAGCACAAAGAAUUAGAGAAGAAAGAAUUCAAGAGAUUAGAAUUAGAAUUCAAAAUGAAACUUUAUUAAAGAAUUUUACAAGAUGGAAUAUUGUUUAUGGUUUAUUUGGUUUAUUAACUGUGGUAUCUACAGUUUGUAUGUUUAUAUUAGGUUUUGUAAAUACAAAAGAUAAUAUAAUUUACGCUGGAAUUGGUCUUAGUACAUUGGGUUUCAUUGUAAUCAAUCAUUCAAUUCAUAUAGCCUAUAGAAAAUCUAGAAGAAAUAUUGAAAACUUUCAAGAGGAAUUCAUUAGAAUUCAUGAACAAAAUAUAAAUGACUCUGAUUUUGAUCCAACUUCAAUUCCUUCAAAAUUAGAAAAAUUAACUAUUGGUAUCUUGUCUUCCCCAAAUUUCAAUCAAAUCACCCCAAUAUUAUCCCCAAUUAAUUCUAAAUUAUUAAAUAAUAAUAAUAAUAAUAAUAAUAAUAAUAAUAAUAAUAAUAAUAAUAAUAAUAAUAGCAAUCAAAACAGUAAUAAUAAUAAUCAAAAUAAUAAUAAUAAUAAUAAUAAUCAAAAUGAUAUUGAUAAUAAUAAUAAUAAUAAUAAUAAUGAUAAUGGAGCCAAUGUUACAACCCCUUAG